UCCAGCGAGAGGAACUUGAAAGGGGGGUUGUGUAAUGUACCUUUUCCAAUCCCGGGCUGUAUAUGGAGAUUUGGGAUUCUUUAAACCGGCGCUACCUGGAUUUUAUUAAAAAGCGGGGAGCUCGGCGGGAGGAAAGCUGGCUUUUCCGGGGGCUGCGGGAGCCCGGCCGCGGGAGGGCGGAGGAGUUGGCGCGCCGAGCGCUCGGCCCGGGGAGCGGUUUUCUACCAAAAAAAGGAAAGGCGGGCAAAAAGUGUGAGGCGGCUGCGGGUGGCGAAGGGGAGCAGCGGCCGCGGGAUGGCGGGCAGCACGGGCGCCUAGCCGCGCCGGGAGCCGGGGCCGCCACCGGAGUCGCCGUCGCCAGAGCCCGGACCCGGGAGCCCCGCCGCGCCAGACGCCGUGUGCGCUGCCUUGCGCAGCUCCGCCUGGCCGCCCGGAGGGGCCCCACCGCCAGCCGCCUGUGCGCCCCGGGCUGCGGGCCCGCCGCCGAGCGCAAGCCCCGCUGGCCGCCGCCGCCAUGCACGCCGCGGAGCCCCCGCCGCCCGAGGACUCUGGGACUACGCCGAGGCCGAACUUUUAGGUCCCACUGAGCGAGGCCCUCGGGCCGGGUGGGGGGCUGGCCGCGGCACUCCCGCGGAGGAUGGAUGGCCGAGACUUCGGGCCCCCGCGGUCCGUGCACGGCCCCCCGCCGCCGCUGCUGUCCAGCCUGGCCAUGGAUAGCCACCGCGUGGGCGCGGCCACGGCCGGUCGCCUGCCCGCCUCGGGCUUGCCCGGCCCGCUGCCGCCGGGGAAGUACAUGGCCGGCCUCAACCUCCACCCGCACCCGGGCGAGGCCUUCUUGGGCAGCUUUGUGGCCAGCGGGAUGGGGCCCUCGGCCUCGUCCCAUGGGAGCCCGGUGCCCCUGCCCUCUGACCUCUCCUUCCGCUCCCCCACCCCCAGCAACCUGCCCAUGGUGCAGCUGUGGGCCGCCCAUGCCCACGAAGGCUUCUCCCACCUGCCCAGUGGGCUGUACCCGUCCUACCUCCACCUGAACCACCUGGAGCCCCCCAGCAGCGGGAGCCCCCUCCUCAGCCAGCUGGGCCAGCCCAGCAUUUUCGAUACCCAGAAAGACGGCUUCUACCUGCCCGCCCCAGGGCCUCCGGGCGCCCUGCACUCCCACGCACCCUCCUCCAGGACCCCAGGCGGCCACUCCUCCGGCGCCCCGGCCAAAGGCUCGUCGCGGGAAGGUCCAGCCAAGGAGCGGGCGGGCCGUGGGGGGGAGCCGCCCCCUCUGUUCGGCAAGAAGGACCCGCGGGCCCGCGAGGAGGCGGUGGGCCCGCGCGGCGUGGUGGACCUGACCCAGGAGGCGCGCGCGGAGGGCCGCCAGGACCGCGGGGCCCCGCGCAUCGCGGAGCGCCUGUCGCCCUUCCUGGCCGAGCCGGGACCCGCCGCCGCCUCCCAGCAGGCCGCCAAGCUCUUCGGCCUGGAGGCCGGGCGGCCGCACCCGCCUGCCGGCCCUGAGCCCAAGUGGAAACCUUUCGAGCUGGGCAACUUUGCCACCACGCAGAUGGCCGUGCUGGCCGCGCAGCACCACCACGCCAGCCGCGCCGAGGAGGAGGCUGCCGCCGCCGCCAAGAAGGCCUACCUGGACCCUGGGGGCGCGCUGCCCCGCACCGCGGCCACCUGCGCCAGGCCGGGCGCCGACCUGCACGCCGCGCAUGGGCCGGGAGAGGCCUCGGCCAUGCAGAGCCUCAUCAAGUACAGUGGCAGCUUUGCGCGCGAGGCCGUGGCUGUGCGCCCCGGCGGCUGCGGCAAGAAGAGCCCCUUUGGGGGCCUGGGCACCAUGAAACCCGAACCUGUCCCCACUGCCGCGGGCACCCCGCGCGCCCAGGCCCGCCUGCCUCACCCCGGGGUCCCUGCGGCGGCCGGGGGUCGGCAGCUAAAGCGGGACCCCGAGAGGCCCGAGAGCGCCAAGGCUUUUGGGCGCGAGAGCUCUGGUGCCCAGGGUGAGGCAGAGGUGCGACACCCGCCUGUGGGCAUCGCGGUGGCCGUGGCCCGGCAGAAGGACAGUGGCGGCAGUGGCCGGCUGGGGCCAGGGCUGGCGGACCAGGAGCGCUCCCUGUCGCUAAGCAACGUCAAAGGGCACGGCCGAGCUGAAGAGGACUGUGGGGAUGAGAGGGCCAGGCACCGGGAGGAACGGCUGCUGGGGGCACGGCUGGACCGGGACCAGGAGAAGCUGCUCAGAGAAAGCAAGGAGCUGGCUGACCUGGCCCGCCUGCACCCCACCAGCUGUGCUGCUAAUGGCCUGAACCCCAACCUCAUGGUGACUGGGGGCUCGGCACUGGCGGGCUCAGGUCGCUGGUCUGCCGACCCUGCGGCCCACCUGGCCACUCACCCCUGGCUGCCCCGCUCAGGCAGCACAUCCAUGUGGCUCGCCGGACACCCCUAUGGCCUGGGCCCCCCUUCUCUGCACCAGGGCAUGGCACCCGCCUUCCCACCCAGCCUGGGGGGUUCCCUGCCGUCGGCCUACCAGUUCGUCAGGGACCCCCAGUCGGGCCAGCUGGUAGUCAUUCCCAGUGAUCACCUGCCUCACUUUGCGGAGCUGAUGGAGCGGGCCACCGUGCCGCCGCUCUGGCCGGCCCUGUACCCGCCGGGCCGCAGCCCCCUCCACCACGCCCAGCAGCUGCAGCUCUUCUCCCAGCAGCACUUCCUGCGGCAGCAGGAGCUCCUGUACCUGCAGCAGCAGGCAGCCCAGGCCUUGGAGCUGCAGAGGAGUGCCCAGCUGGUGCAGGAGCGGCUGAAGGCCCAGGAGCAUCGGGCGGAGAUGGAGGAGAAGGUGAGCAAGCGGAGCCUGGAGGCCGCGGGCAAGGCUGGCCUGGCCGCCUCGGGCCCCGGGCUGCUGCCUCGGAAGCCCGCCGGCCUGGCUGCCGGCUCCGCGGGCACCUAUGGCAAGACCAUGAGCCCACCGCCAUCUCCCCGCGCUUCCCCUGUGGCUGCCCUGAAGGCCAAGGUCAUCCAGAAGCUGGAGGACGUGUCCAAGCCGCCCACCUACGCCUACCCCGCCACACCCAGCUCCCACCCCAGCAGCCCGCCGCCUGCCUCCCCGCCGCCCACCCCUGGCAUCACUCGCAAGGAGGAGGCGCCUGAAAAUGUGGUCGAGAAGAAGGACUUGGAGCUGGAGAAGGAAGCCUCCAGCCCCUUCCAGGCCUUGUUCUCAGAUAUCCCGCCCAGGUACCCGUUCCCAGCCCUGCCGCCGCAUUAUGGGAGGCCCUACCCGUUCCUGCUGCAGCCCACGGCAGCUGCUGACGCCGAUGGCCUGGCCCCCGACGUGCCGCUCCCAGCUGACGGGCCCGAACGCCUGGCACUCUCGCCCGAAGACAAGCCCCUCCGCCUGUCGCCCUCCAAGAUCCCAGAGCCACUGCGGGAGGGCCCGGACGAAGCGCCGCUAGUGGAGCGGGAGGUGAAGGCAGAGGUGGAGGACAUGGACGAGGGCCCCGCAGAGCUGCCCUCCUUGGAGUCCCCGCUGACACUGCCCCCCGAGGAGGCAAUGGCACCCCCAAGCCCCUUGGGGGGCUGUGGAGGCAGCCUGCUGGAGGCCCAGGCGCUGAGUGCCAGUGGGCAGGAGGGCACGGAGCCCCCGGGGUGCCCAGACUUCACCGAGGGGGCCGAAGCGCGGGUGGAUUCUCCAGGCCGGACAGAAUCUUGCACAGCUGUCCCGGACUUGGGGGCGCGGCUGACACCUAAGACACUGGUCGAGGCUAAGGAGGAGCCGGUGGAGGUGCCCGUUGAUGUGCCCAUGGCUGUGCCCAUGGCGGAGGCAGUGCCGGAGGAAGGCCUGGCCCAGGCGGCACAGAGUGAGCCCCGGCCCAGCCUGGAACUGGCAGACUGCGAUGUGCCCGCCAGGGACAGGGAGUGCCCAAGUCUGGAGGCCCAGGAGGCUGCCCCGGUGCCCGGUGGCACCUGCUUCCUGGAGGAGGCAGGCUCCGACCAGUUCCUGCCUGGCCUGGAGGACCCGCUGGCCGGCAUGAAUGCCCUGGCGGCGGCUGCAGAGCUGCCCCAGGCCAGGCCCCUGCCCUCCCCAGGCACCGGAGCCCAGGCCCUGGAGAAGCUGGAGGCAGUGCAGAGCCUUGUCCUGGAGCACAACUUCCUGCACGGCAUCACCCUGCUGAGCGAGAUUGCUGAGCGGGAGCUGGAGAAGAGGAGCCAGGAGGUGGGAGGUGCGGAGCGAGGCGUGGCGGUGCGGCCCUCGCUGGAGAGCCUGCUGGCGGCCAGCAGCCACAUGCUGAAGGAGGUGCUAGACAGCCCCUUCGUGGACCCGCUCAAGAACCUGCGGCUUCCGCGGGAGCUGAACCCCAACAAGAAGUACAGCUGGAUGCAGAAGAAGGAGGAGCGGAUGUAUGCCAUGAAGUCCUCCCUGGAAAACAUGGACGCCAUGGAGCUGGAUUUCCGGAUGCGGCUGGCAGAGGUCCAGCGGCAGUACAAGGAGAAGCAGCGAGAGCUGGUGAAGCUGCAGAGACGGCGUGAUUCCGAGGACAGGCGCGAGGAACCCCAUAGAAGCUUGGCACGCAGAGGCCCUGGCAGGCCGCGGAAACGGACCCACGCCCUGAGCGCCCUGUCGCCCCCCCGCAAGAGAGGGAAGAGCCGCAACAGUAGCGGAAAGCUGAGCAGCAAGCCCCUGCUGACAUCGGAUGACUACGAGCUGGGAGCAGGAACAAGGAAGAGGCACAAGGGGCCUGAGGAGGAACACAAUGCCCUUGUUGGAACGGGGAAGGCUAGGGGCAGGAACCAGCCUUGGGACGAGCACGAAGCCUCGUCUGACUUCAUGAGUCAGCUCAAGAUUAAGAAGAAGAAGAUGGCCAGCGACCAGGAGCAGCUGGCCAGCAAGCUGGACAAGGCCCUCUCCCUCACAAAGCAAGACAAGCUGAAGUCGCCCUUCAAGUUCUCGGACAGUUCUGGGGGGAAAUCAAAGACGAGCGGGGGCUGCGGCCGGUACCUGACGCCCUAUGAUGGGCUGCUGGGCAAGGACAGGAAGGCGCUGGCCAAAGGCCUCGGCCUGUCUCUCAAAGCCUCCAGAGAAGGUAAACACAAAAGGGCCGCCAAAGCCCGGAAGACGGAGGUGGGGUUCAAGGCCAGAGGCCAGCCCAAGUCGGCCCACUCCCCGUUCGCGUCGGAAGUGAGCAGCUAUUCCUACAAUACUGACUCAGAGGAAGACGAAGAAUUCCUGAAGGAUGAGUGGUCUGCCCAAGGCCCCUCCAGCUCCAAGCUGACAUCUUCUAUCCUGUGUGGCAUGGUGGCCAAGAGCAGCAAGCCGGCGGGGGGCCCCAAGCUGAGCAAGAGGGGCCUGGUGGCCACCCGGACUCUGAAACCCAAGCCGGCCGCUGGCAGGAAGCAGCCGUUUUGUUUGCUGCUUCCCGAGGUCGAGGCCCGUUCCUCCUUCAGCGAUUCUUCGGAGGACUCAUUUGACCAAGAUGAGAGUUCCGAGGAGGAGGAAGAGGAGGAUGAGCUGGAGGAGGAAGACGAGGCCGGCAGCGGCUAUAGGCUGGGGGCCCGGGAGCGGGCCCUGUCGCCAGGCCUGGAGGAGAGUGGGCUGGGUCUGCUGGCCCGCUUUGCAGCCAGCGCUCUCCCCAGCCCCACGGUGGGGCCGGCCCUUUCUGUGGUGCAGCUGGAGGCCAAGCAGAAGGCCCGGAAGAAGGAGGAGCGGCAGAGCCUGCUGGGCACGGAGUUCGAGUACACCGACUCGGAGAGUGAGGUCAAGGUGCGGAAGCGGUCACCUGCCGGCCUGCUGCGGCCCAAGAAGGGACCGGGGGAGCCAGGCCCCUCCCUGGCCACGCCCGCGCCAGGCGCCCGGGGUCCCGGCCCCACCAGCCCCGACAAGGCCAAGCUGGCAACGGAGAAGGGGCGCAAGGCCCGCAAGCUGCGGGGUCCCAAGGAGCCCGGCUUCGAGGCGGGGCCCGAGGCCAGCGACGACGACCUGUGGACGCGGCGGCGCAGCGAGCGCAUCUUCCUGCACGACGCCUCGGCCGCGGCCCCAGCACCCAGCAGUGUGGUGCCCGUUGUCACCAAGCCCAGCCGCUGCGGCAAAGGUGGCCCGCUGAGCCCGCGCAAGGACGCCGGCCGUGCCAAGGACAGGAAGGACCCCAGGAAGAAGAAGAAGGGGAAGGAGGCGGGAUCGGGAGCUGUGCUGCCCCCGCCCCGCGCUCCCGCCCUGCCCCCGGAGGCCCGGGCCCCUCACACCAGCUCCCCGGCCACCGCCAAGAGGAGCAAGGCCAAGGCCAAAGGGAAGGAGGUGAAGAAAGAGAACCGGGGGAAGGGGGGAGCUGUGAGCAAGCUGAUGGAGAGCAUGGCUGCCGAGGAGGACUUUGAACCCAACCAGGACUCGAGCUUCUCUGAGGAUGAGCACCUGCCACGUGGUGGGGCUGUGGAGCGGCCGCUAACUCCAGCUCCACGCUCCUGCAUCAUCGACAAGGACGAGCUGAAAGACGGCUUGCGUGUGCUCAUCCCCAUGGAUGACAAGCUGCUGUACGCCGGGCACGUGCAGACGGUGCACUCACCAGACAUAUACCGUGUGGUGGUAGAGGGUGAACGUGGGAACCGGCCCCACAUCUACUGUCUGGAGCAGCUGCUGCAGGAGGCGAUCAUCGAUGUGAGGCCAGCCUCCACUCGCUUCUUGCCGCAAGGGACCAGGAUCGCGGCCUAUUGGAGCCAGCAGUACCGCUGCCUCUACCCGGGCACUGUGGUCCGAGGCUUGCUGGGCCUCGAGGACGAUGGGGACCUGAUCACCGUGGAGUUUGACGACGGAGACACAGGAAGGAUUCCCCUCUCACACAUCCGCCUCCUGCCUCCCGACUAUAAGAUCCAGUGUGCUGAGCCGUCCCCGGCCCUCCUGGUGCCGAGCGCCAAGCGCCGCAGCCGGAAGACCAGCAAAGACACCGGGGACAGCAAAGAUGGGGGUGCGCCAGGGUCCGAGGAGACCGGCGCCAAGGCGCGAGGGCGCGGGCGGAAGCCUAGCACCAAAGCCAAGGGUGACAGAGCUGCUGUCCUGGAGGAGGGGGGCUCAACGGAUGAGGUCCCCUCCACCCCGUUGACCCUGGAGCCCGUCAGCACCCCAAGUUCCAAGAAGAGCCCACCAGAGCCCGCAGACAAGCGGGCCAAAGCCCCCAAGGCUCGCCCAGCACCCCCUCAGCCCAGCACGGCGCCAUCCACCUUUGCCAGCUGCCCGGCUCCUGAGCCCUUUGGGGAGCUGCCGGCCCCCACCACAGCCCUGGCCCCGGCCCCCCUUGUCACCAUGCCCAUCACCAUGCCCGCCACCCGCCCCAAGCCCAAGAAGGCUCGGGCUGCCGAGGAGUCGGCUGCCAAGGGCGUUCGGAGGCCCGGGGAGGAGGCAGAGCUGCUCGUGAAGCUGGACCACGAGGGUGUAAUGUCACCCAAAAGCAAGAAGGCCAAAGAGGCUCUGCUUCUGCGGGAGGACCCCGGGGCUGGGAGCUGGCAGGAGCCCAAGAACCUCCUGGGCCUGGGCAGCUACCCCCCGGCAGCGGGCAGCAACGAGCCCAAGGCGGCCCGGCCCAAGGCCGGCGAUGGCGACCUGGCCCAGGAGCCCGGGGCCGGGCUCACGUUUGAGGACUCGGGGAACCCCAAGAGCCCCGACAAGGGCCAGGCGGAGCAGGACGGGGCCGAGGAGUCGGAGAGCAGCAGCGGCAGCAGCGGCAGCAGCGACAGUGGCAGCAGCAGCAGCAGCAGCAGCAGCAGCAGCUCAGAGACAGAGGGAGAGGAGGAAGGCCGGGGCGGCGGGGGCCGGACCUGCGGUGCCUCCAGCUCUAGGGCCUCCUCCUCCUCUUCCUCCUCCUCGUCUUCCUCGUCUUCCUCCUCCUCGUCUUCCUCUUCCUCCUCGUCGUCUUCCUCCUCGUCGUCCUCCUCCUCCUCGUCCUCCUCCUCCUCUUCCUCCUCCUCCUCUUCCUCCUCCUCCUCCUCCUCCUCUUCCUCCUCCUCCUCUUCCUCCUCCUCCUCCUCCUCCUCCUCCUCCUCCUCCACCACAGACGAUUCUUCCUGCAGCUCGGACGAUGAGGCAGCCCCUGCCCCCGCGGCCGGGCCCUCUGCCCCCCCAGCCCUCCCCAGCAAGGCCCCCAAGCAGACUGGCAAGGCCCGCUCCUCAGCCCACUCCCCGGGCAAGAAGGCAUCGGCCCCCGUACCCCAGGCUCCCCCGCCACAGCCCCCGCAGCCUCUGCAGCCCAAGGCGCAGGCCGGGGCCGGGGCCAAGAGCCGACCCAAGAAGAGAGAGGGGGUCCACCUCCCCACCACCAAGGAGCUGGCCAAGCGGCAGCGCCUGCCGUCCGUGGAGAACCGGCCCAAGAUUGCCGCCUUCCUACCUGCCCGGCAGCUCUGGAAGUGGUUCGGCAAGCCCACCCAGCGCCGCGGCAUGAAGGGCAAAGCCCGCAAGCUCUUCUACAAGGCCAUCGUGCGCGGCAAGGAGAUGAUCCGUAUCGGGGACUGCGCCGUGUUCUUGUCGGCCGGCCGCCCCAACCUGCCCUACAUCGGCCGCAUCCAGAGCAUGUGGGAGUCGUGGGGCAGCAACAUGGUGGUCCGUGUCAAGUGGUUCUACCACCCCGAGGAGACCAGCCCCGGCAAGCGCCUCCACGAGGGCCAGCACUGGGACCAGAAGUCUGGCCGCAGCCUGCCCGCAGCCCUGCGGGCCUCCAGCCAGAGGAAGGACUUCAUGGAGCGCGCCCUGUACCAGUCCUCACAUGUGGAUGAGAACGAUGUGCAGACGGUGUCGCACAAGUGCCUGGUGGUGGGCCUGGAGCAGUACGAGCAGAUGCUCAAGACCAAGAAGUACCAGGACAGCGAGGGCCUGUACUACCUCGCGGGCACCUACGAGCCCACCACAGGCAUGAUCUUCUCCACUGACGGCGUCCCCGUGCUCUGCUGAGCCCGUGCCCCGCCCACCGCCUUGGGCCCCGAGGGCCGAUGGGCCCUCACCAUCACUGCCACAGCUCGGGGGCCACGCGUGUCGGUUGUGUGCAUGCGAGUGCGCCCGUGAGUGUGUACAUGUGUGUGCCCGUAUGCAUGCACGUGUGUGCCACAUGUGCACACGUCUCCAGCCCCCCUUUGUGAACUCCUCGGUGCCCCCAGUCAGGGGCCCCUCUCUGCUAUCAGGGUAUGGCUCUGCCCGGCCCCUCGGGGCUCCCCUCCAGCACCUUGUAAGCACUCGGCCAGGCCAGGCCCCUGGACUC